AUGCUGAAAGUAGGUGUUGAUCAAAAAACUUGGCUUAAAUUAGAAAAACUAGGUUCAUUGGUCGGUAGUCUUCCUCGAUAUCCAUUGCAAAAUCAACUUCUUGGGUUACCUCUUUCUUUAAUGCCUGAGGAGGAAUUUGAAAAAAAAAAAUCUGAAAAUGAGUCUCAACAAUUGCAUGAUUAUUUACGUUUUAUACAAGAGAAGAGAAAUAAGUUCAAACCUUUGAAGAAAGAUAGUUCUUCAAGUGACGCUCUCGAAAAGGAUAUAAGUCAUUCAAACUCUGAGUUUCAAAAUCAUGAAUCUUCUUUAAUUAAAACUUUCGCACCAACCAUCACUAUCAAAACCUCUUCUUCCUCAUAUGAAUGGUACAAUGAUAAAGAUUAUUGCUUUAGUUCCCUAGAGUUAGCUAGACUUGCUGGAUUAUGGACAUGGCCAUCAACACCUAAAGAAGAAUACAAAUUUAAGGUUUAUUGUGAUCUUUGGAAUCGCGGUUAUUUUAUCACAAACGGUAUCAAAUUCGGUGGCGAUUAUUUGUUAUAUCCAGGUGAUCCACUUCGUUAUCAUAGUCAUUUUAUAGCAUCAAUUAUUGAUAUGGAUAAGUCAAUAUCUCCCAUGGAUAUUAUUACUUUUGGCCGGUUAGGAACAGCUGUUAAAAAGUCUUACAUGUUAUGUUCAUGGAAUUCAAAUAAGAAUGAAGCC